UAGAAUGACUGCCUGAAAGGCAACAUUGCCUGAGUCGCCAUUGAGAGCCAGCGCAUAUUUGAUAUUGUAGAAAUUAUCCGUUGAAGGCUAACCAGUGUUUACUAUUGAGACGAGGAGACAAGGACAACACUACACAACACGGCUUUAGCUCAAAUAGACGUAUUUGACAGGUUUAGACUGUGUGUGUUUACAAAAACAUCGUUUCAUAUCCGUGUAUGACACUUUUUGCCAGGGUUCUUUGUGUGUCGACAAUGGUUUGUUUUUCUCCGUCAGGAUCUCUCAUGAUGAUCGGAUCCUUUUAAAUGAAUGAUAGAGAUUUUAGUCAUCUUGCUUAAAAGGGCGGAAGUCUGGUUGGAGUGAUUGAGGGCAGAAAGGAGGGGGAAAGACAGGAUUUCAACAUUUAGACAACAAGGAGUUUGGAAAGGAGAUGGGGAAUUGUCUGAAAUCUCCCACUUCGGAUGAUAUCUCCUUGCUCCACGAAUCACAGUCAGACAGGGCCAGUUUCGGUGACGCCAACGAUCCGGAUCAGGAGCCGCCACCUCCAUACCAGGAGCAGAUCCAUGUGCCCGUUUAUCACCCCACUCCCAGCCAGGCCCGGCUGGCAACUCAACUGACCGAAGAGGAGCAAGUCCGAAUCGCUCAAAGGAUCGGCCUCAUCCAGCAUCUUCCCAAAGGUGUCUACGAUCCAGGCAGUGACGGCACUGAGAAAAAGAUUCGAGAGUGUGUGAUCUGCAUGAUGGACUUUGUGUACGGAGACCCCAUCCGGUUCCUCCCCUGCAUGCACAUCUACCACCUGGACUGCAUAGAUGACUGGCUGAUGAGGUCCUUCACGUGUCCCUCCUGUAUGGAGCCUGUAGAUGCUGCCUUGCUCUCAUCCUACGAAACUAACUGACUACUGCCUGCACUGAUCCCCGCCCUACACACACAAACACAAACACACACAUACACACACAACCCUUGAGUCCUGUCCUCACACGGCCCCUUUGCAUAAGGAGACAAAGUGUCUGCUCGACUGGGGCGUGGGAUGGUGUGCCUGUCUCAUCAUGGGAUAAAGGAGGCCGCACUGAUAAUUUAAACCUCUCCUGCAUGGUCCUGCUGGACAGGGAAAUCUGCAGGAGCCCUUUUGCACCCUGACGACUUUAUCAUGUGAUUCUUUUGUCUCUCAUCGACAACAGCCAGACAAGCCGGUCACGCACCUUUCCACUGUAGCAACACUUACACUGGAAGGAGACAAACCUUCGAGAAACAUACUGGAGGACUUUUAAAAACACGUCUUUAACAUUCAAUCUCUAUUUAUUUCUCUCUCAGUGUCUGUUUCCAUAAAGGGCUUGUUUGAUUUCUGCCGAAGCUGCAGUGGAGCAAAAACGAAUGGCAUUGCACAUAAACAUGCAAAGAAAGGAAAAAAAAAAAAAGUCUCAUCAUGAAGUUUGCACUUUUGACUCAAAGAAUUAAGCCCAACUGUACACACACAAACACACACAAAAAACACAUGUAAAUGUGCAUCACAUAAGACUUUUAUUUAACCACAUGUUAGCUUUUGAGUUUGUAUGUCUGUUUGGUUGUUUUAAACUACACAGUGAACAUUCCAGCUACCCAACGUGUUGAGAAAUGAACAUUUUUCUCACAUGUGACCAUUAAAUCUGAAUUUUAGAUAAUUUAUAUAUAAUAAUAAUAAUAAUAAAUAAUAAUAAUAAUAAUAAUAAUAAUAAUUAUUAUUAUUAUUAUUAUUAUUAUUAUUAUUAUUAAUUAUAAUAGAUUAUAUACACUAACAGUCAAAAGUUUAAAAGUUUUUGAACAGUAAGAUUUGUAGUGUUUUUUUUUUUUUUUUUUUUUUUUGUAAGUCUCUUUAAAAAAGCCUAUAUUUAUUUGAUACAAAGUACAGCAAAAACAAUACAAUUUUGAAAUAUUUUUACCAUUUAAAAUAACUGUUUUCUAUUUGAAUAUAUUUUAAAAUCUAAUUUAUUCCUGUGAUUUUAAAGCUGAAUUUUCAGCGUCAUUACUCCAGUCUUCGGUGUCACAUCUUCCUCCAGAAAUCAUUCUAAUAUGCUGAUUUGCCGUUCAAAAAAACAUUUUAUUUUAUUAUUAAUAUAGCAACAGUUAAGAACUUUUUUUUUUUUUCAUGAUUUGUUGAUGAAUAUAAAGAUCAGAAGAUAAGCAUUUAUCUGAAAUGAUAGAAAUUAAUACGUUUAAUUUAGCAAAGAUGCUUUAAAUUGAUCAAAAGUGUUGUUAAAGACAUUUAUAAUGUUACAAAAAAUGUUUAUUUUAGAUAAAUGCUGUUAUUCUAAACUUUCUAUUCAUCAAAGAAACCUGAAAAAAUUCUGUUCAGCUGUUUUCAACAUCAUAAUUAUAAUGAUAAUAAUAAUAAAUGUUUUUGAGCAGCAAAUCAGAAUGUUAUAAUGAUUUCUGAAAGAUCAUGUGACUGGAGUAAUAACGCUAGAAAUUUAGCUUUGAAAGCACAGGAAUAAAUGACAUUUUAAUAAAUUUACAUUUUUUAAAUAUAUUCAAAUAGAAAACAGUUAUUUUAAAUAGUAAAAAUAUUUCAAAAUGUUACUGUUUUUGCUGUACUUUAAAUCAAAUAAAUGCAGGCUUGGUGUGCAAAAGAGAAAAAAACAGUAAAAAUCUUACUGUUCAAAAACUUUUGACUGGUAGUGUAUAUAUACAUGUUGUUUUUGUUUUUGCAUUAAAAUCUCACAUAUUGGUCAAGCUGAAAUGUUUUGUUGCUGUUUGCUUUGUGAAUCAUGUUUUUUGUUUUUUCCUUUAGUUUUAAAAUCAUCAAUACUGUUUAAUGUAGUAACGCAACCGAAAAAUGUAUUUAUCGACAAAAAACACUGAAGUCAUCGAAAGUCUGAAGGUGGCUAUGAGGUCAACCUAGAAUGAUAAAGCAAUGUAGGCUGUAGUGACUCACAAAAGUACACGUAUGAGUGUGCAAAACUGCUCAUUAAUAAUUUCACUUUUUCGCUGGUGCACUUGUGUGUUUAGUUAACUUUAUUGUACAUAGUGCGAUGAUAUAUAUAUAUAUAUAUAUAUAUAUAUAUAUAUAUAUAUAUAUAUAUAUAUUUUAGUGACUUUUAUUUGAAUUUUCAGUACCAGAUACUUUAAAAGAAGUCUUUAUGAUGUCAUAAGGGACUCAUAAGCUUAGAAACAAACAAACAAACAAAUAUUUAGUUUGAAUCCUCAUGGGUUCAGCUAAGUCAGUCCCCUCUUGUCGUUUGUGAGGUGUAAAAAAGUUUUCUCACAGACUUCAAAUUCUUGGCAUAAUUUGCGGAUUUGUUUAAUAUAAGACCACGGGCAGUAUGAUCACACCCAAAACUGGGAUGUGCUUGAAUGGCUGUUUGAUGUUUUUAUUUUAAAUGAAAGAUGGUUUAUGCUUAGUGAAUUUUGCCCAGCCCUCGCUCUGUCUAUAUAUAUAUAUAUUUAAAAAAAAGCACAAGAGAGCAUAGAAAUCAAGGAGUCUCUAUUUUUCUUAACUCUCAAAUUUUAUAUAAAGACAACGUAAUUGCUAGAAAUUAGAAGUGGUAGUAGGUAAUGCGCCUUUGGCAUUAAAUCUGUCCCCUUAAUUAUUCAAAACGGAAAAAAAAGGUCUGGUGGUUAGUGGCUGCUAUUGAAGUGAAGAUUUUCGGUUUUUCCUCGUGUUUGAACUCAUGCCUCGUGUGGAGUGACUGUAAGUGUGUAGUUAAUGAAGGUGAGGGAUAUAUUCUUCAAUCCAUUGACAUGGUUUUGCACAGUACUUUUAGUUGUAGUUUUUGUCUUUUUUCUUUUUUUUUUUUUUUGUUUUUUUCCCUGUCUCUCCAUACAACGUGGAGCUCCAUUGCCUUAGACCAGACAAGCAGGAGGCUUUUAACUGGACAUCCUGGGCUGACGGGGGCUCUACACCAGCAUCGGGAGGACAGAGUAAUGAUGGUGAUGAUGAUGAAUGAGCAUCUGGACGUAAUAAAUCACGCUCACAGACACUUUUUGCUCCUGAGAGACAAGUCAUCAAUGCAAUGCCAUACAUGAAACUGAUUCUCCAUGAUGUGCUGGGAG